UGUUCGACAGGGACCUGUUUUCGCCUGUACCGGAAGUGACGUCCGUCUCUUCCGUUUGUAACCGGGCGCCGUUGAGCACGCGUACCGCGUACUGUUUUUUUUCUGCGGCAGGUUUAAAUAUAAUUUCGGUUAUAUUCUGUCGAUACAAACCCGGAGAUAAUGAAACCCAUUCUUCUCCAGGGCCAUGAGAGGGCCAUCACUCAGAUCAAAUACAACAGAGAAGGAGAUCUCUUGUUCUCAGUAGCCAAGGAUCCAGUCGCGAAUGUGUGGUACUCCGUCAAUGGAGAAAGGCUCGGCACUUACAAUGGACACACGGGAGCCGUCUGGUGCGUGGAUGUGGACUGGGACACUAAGAACGUAUUGACGGGAUCCGCUGAUAACAGCUGCAGGCUCUGGGACUGUGAGACAGGAAAGCAGCUGGCUCUGCUGGAGACGAGCUCGGCGGUGAGGACGUGCGGCUUUGACUUCAGUGGGAACAUCAUAAUGUUUUCAACAGACAAGCAGAUGGGCUACCAGUGCUUCCUCAACUAUUUCGACUUGCGAGACCCCCAACAGAUCGAGGACAACCAACCGUAUAUAUCUGUUCCCUGCAACGAGUCAAAGAUCACCAGCGCUGUGUGGGGUCCGCUGGGAGAGUUUGUGAUUGCCGGCCAUGAAAAUGGAGAAAUUAACCAGUUCAGUGCUAAGUCAGGGGAGAUCCUGAAGAAGGCGAAGGAACACACCAAACAGAUCAACGACAUCCAGACGUCUGUGGAUCUCACGAUGGUCAUCAGUGCCUCCAAAGACUGUACUGCCAAGAUGUUUGACUCCACAAACCUCGACCACAUCAGAACCUUCAAGACAGAGCGACCCGUUAACUCCGCCGCCAUCUCACCCAUCAUGGACCAUGUGGUGAUGGGAGGCGGUCAGGAGGCGAUGGAAGUCACCACCACGUCUACUAGGAUCGGCAAAUUUGAGGCCAGGUUUUUCAAUGCUGCUUAUGAAGAGGAGUUUGGUCGUGUGAAGGGACACUUUGGCCCCAUCAACUGUGUGGCCUUCCACCCGGAUGGGAAAAGUUACAGCAGUGGAGGAGAGGAUGGUUAUGUCAGAAUUCAUUACUUCGACCCCCAGUAUUUUGAUUUUGAGCUUGAGAUAUAGUGACCGUCAGCAUUCCCAACAUCUAGGACAGAUCACCAUUUGAUCACAGCGGAAACACCGGAUUGAAUUCACCAGGCUGAACACUGAGAUUGAUUUAUAAUGCAUUUCAUGCAACGUGUAUUUAAUACAUUAAACAUUCUGAAUAAACUGGGCUUGAGAUAUAAA